GCUAUUUUUCCUGUCUUCCUCUCUCUCUCUGUCUCCCUCUCUUUUCUCCAUCUCGGUACGAGAAUGGCUGCAAUGCACUGUCUUGCUCUCUCGUCGUCCAUUUGCAAAUUCCGCCACCACCAUCACUCCCUUUCAGCCUUGGUAUCUCUCUCCAGUGUUCCCUGCCGAGGUAUCCGUUCCAGUUUCAGUGGCAUGUCCUUGCAGCUUUCUCCUCCUAAGCGGACUCAGAACGUAGGAAGCUCUCACUUGUCUAGUCCAAUAACAAUGAUGGUCAAGCCAGCAAUCCAGUUCAUUCAAGGAACUGAUGAACAGACAGUACCUGAUGUGAGACUAACCAAAUCCCGAGAUGGUACAAAUGGUGUUGCAACUUUCAUUUUUGAACAACCUUCUGUCUUUGACUCUUCUGGCGAACUUGGUGACAUCACUGGGUUCUACAUGAUUGAUGAGGAAGGUGUGCUACAGUCAGUUGAUGUGAAUGCCAAGUUUGUAAAUGGAAAACCUGCAACAAUAGAAGCCAAAUAUAUCAUGAGGAACCCACAGGAAUGGGACAGAUUCAUGAGGUUUAUGGAGAGGUACUCUCAGGCAAAUGGUUUGCAAUUCAUCAAAAAAUGAGGCAGUGUGUAUCCUUUACUCUGUCCUCUGUGUCUCCCCUACUGGUGAUCUUAAUAUAAUUGUAUCUUUAAAUAUGCAAAAUUUUGUUCACUGUUGCCGAUGGUUUUCAUCAUAAUAUGUUCCUUUGUAUUUCAAGUUGUAGUGCCCAUGUUCUUGCUGCUUAAAUUACAUGGUGAAAGACAAGAUUUUUCUGUUCGUGACGUGAGUUUGAUCGCUCUUUGCUGAAA